GAUGUCUUUACAUUUGAGUCAACAACAUGAAGUUUUUUAUUGCCAUUUUGUUGACACUCAUAUGUGUUGUGUUUGCAAAGACACCCCCAAACCGCAUAAACCGAGCAAACAUACAAUGGCGACAAUUCAUCAUUGGUGGGACAGAAGUUGAGGAUUUUUCGCAGUUUGCAUACCAAUUAUCAAUGCGCUAUGUGGAGAUUCAUGUUUGCGGUGCAUCGAUAAUUGCUCUUCAUUGGGCACUCUCCGCAGCUCAUUGUUUUGAAAACAAUGUUUUUCCUGACAUGAUAUCUUUUCGUGCUGGCAGUAGGGAUCGAUUUGAAGGAGGCAUUGUCGUGAAUGCUGAGCAAUUCUUUAUUCAUCCAUUGUUUGAUCGUCUCUCUUACGACUUCGAUGCAGCUGUUGUCAGAACAAUCGAACCGUUUAUUGGAAAAGACGUCGAAGUGAUUUCACUCAUUCCUAUGGGUUUUUGGUUAACGCCUGGUACAAUUGGCACAAUAAGCGGAUGGGGAAUUGUGGAUGAAGGACACUUAGCAAUCAAUCUACAGAAAUUGGAUUUAGAAAUUUGGGAUCAACACGAAUGUUUCGUGAAAUGGUUUGGAGAAAUCACCUCAAACAUGUUUUGUGCUGGAGGUGAACCAGGUUAUGAUAGUUGCAACGGAGAUUCUGGUGGAGCAAUGGUUGUUGAUGGUGUACAAGUCGGCAUUGUGUCAACGGGUGCCACAACUUGUGGAAUUAAUUUUCCUGGUGUUUACACCAAUAUUACACACCCGUCAAUUAGAGCCUUCAUUCUCCAUCGUACUGGUGUAUAAAACUCAUACUAUACUUCUGAGAAAUGGAGACAAUAAAGCUUCUCAGCUUCUUUUUAAAGAUAAUAAAAAAGAUUGUUCGUUGAAAAACA